ACACACACUCACUCACACACUCACACUCACACUCUGCAGCUCCUAUUUUCCUCACUGGAACUUUUUCUUCUGAAAACUUUCUCCGGAACUUUUCUCUUCGCUCCGGUGCAUUGAGCAGAGAGGAGCCUCAGCAGGAGCAGCCGCAGCAGGACAGAUGUUUUCACUUUGACCUCCGCCUCCUCUUCCUCCUCCUCCUCUGCCUCGUCUGGUGUCUGAGCAGCAGUGGAGGACGGAGACAGAGACAAAGGACACACAUCCAGUCAUGUGAGUGAUCUGCGUCAAGGACCAGACUGAGUUGUUUCCAUCUCAGAGCGACUUCUCAGCCCCGGAGCAAACAGGUGAUGAUGAGGAGGAUGGUGGCGAUGAGGAGGAUCCUCCACGUGAAGGGAGAUGUGAUGUGCACGAUGCUGCUGUUGGUUGUGUUCUGUCUGCUGCUCUACGCCCGACAGGUGGCCGUCUCCUCUGGGUGGGACAGACCUCAGUGGAAGCUGGAGAUCCACGGCUCCACCAGCCCCAGUCGGACACUGCUGGGGGCCAGGGGGGCCAAAGGGGGCCAGGAGUCUCAAGAGUUCCCCUCCAGCCCAUCAGAGCAACAGCUGCCUGCUUGUAAGCCCCAGUCCAAGUCCAAAGCCCCUCAGGCCAAGUCCAAAGCUCCACAGGCCAAGUCCAAAGCUCCGCUCAAAUCUAAGGGGAAAUCAAAGUCGCGACGGAAGAAUGCAGCGCCGACCAAACCUGCUGGCAAGCCCCUGCCCACGAUGCCACCGUUUGACUUCGAAGGCUACUUGAGGGAGAAGGACAACAGGGACUUCAAUCUGCUCAUCGACCAGCCGGAGAAAUGUCACAUCCGAGGAGCAGAGGAGGAAGAAGGAGGCGAAGCCCCCUACAUGCUCAUCGCAGUCAAAUCUGUUGCGGCAGAUUUUGACAAGCGUCAGGUGGUCCGUCGGACAUGGGGAAAAGAGGGACUGUUCCCGAACGGCGUAACCAUUCGUACGGUUUUCCUGCUCGGGGUUCCCAGGAAUCGAACGGCUCUGCCUCUGUGGGAUCGCCUCCUGACCUACGAAAGUCAAACGUUCCGGGACAUCCUGCUCUGGGACUUUGAGGACACCUUCUUCAACCUGACGCUGAAGGAAACACAUUUUCUGAAAUGGGUGAACAGCAGCUGUCCUCAAGUCAAGUUCAUUUUCAAGGGUGACGCUGACGUGUAUGUGAAUGUGGAGAACAUAUUGGAGAUGCUCCAAGGACAAAAGCCAGAGGAGGAUCUGUUUGUCGGGGAUAUUAUCAUUCAUGCCAAACCCAUUCGCCGACGUAGCUCCAAGUAUUAUGUUCCGGAGUUCGUGUAUGGGGGGGGUCUGUACCCAAACUAUGCUGGAGGAGGAGGGUUUGUGAUGUCGGGGCUUACAGCCCGGAGACUGAGCUCUGCGUGUCAACAGGUGGAGCUGUUCCCCAUUGAUGAUGUCUUUCUGGGAAUGUGCCUCCAGCUGAUCGGCGUCAAGCCCUCACGUCACCAGGGCUUCCGGACCUUUGGGAUUCCCCGGCCGUCGGCGGCGCCCCACCUCCAGACGUUCAACCCCUGCUUCUACAGAGAACUCAUGGUGGUCCACAGCCUCAGUGUCCCGCAGAUCUGGCUAAUGUGGAACCUCCUGCACGACCCCGACCUGAGCUGCCACAACCGGAGCAGCAUGACGUCUUCGGCCUUCAAGUGGAGGGGCAGUAUGGGGGAGGAGACGGGGGAGGUGACGGGGGAGGUGACGGGGGAGGAGACGGACUACGGCGAGAAGCGGGUGUUCGUCAUGCAUUAAGGACUGAGUGGGAUCUGCAAGAGCUCCAGCGAAUACAAAAUGGUGGUGCUCAUGCCGGAUCUGUGGCCAACUGGAAAACAGGAUGACGUGUUCACAGCUGAGUCCUGGGAGAUUUUAUCCAGAUCCUGGCAGAUCAACUCUGGGAAAUUAAUCGGCAAAUGUCCUUCAAAUUUGAAUCCAAAAGAGAAUUGAGGCUUUUGCCACGUGAGCCCCCGUCUGUCUGUUGAGUCUCUGGACUUUUGAAUGUUUUAUCUAAUCAGAAUGUGUUGUGUUACUACAGAGUGACCUUCAAGGUCCACCAUACUUCCCACUGUGAGUCUGUACAUGCUCACGGUUCCAUUCAAACUUAAAUGAGGGUCUUGAUUGGUCCCACAAACCAUUCCUUUCCAAUAAGUGGAUAUUUGUACCUGGAGCAUCUGCAGGAAAAAAAAAUUCCGGCUGCACAAGGAGGUCUGCUGACGGGUUUGUGAUGACAUUAAUGCCAUGAGGACCAUAGUGGACCCCAGUGGAGCCCAGUUGAGCCCAGUGGAGUCCAGUGUACCCUAGUGGAGCCUAGUGUACCCCAGUGGAGCCCAGUGGAGCCUGGUGGACUCCAGUCGACCCCAGUCGACCUCAGUGGAGCCCAGUGGAGCUCAGUGGAGCCUGGUGUGAUGGCAGAUGCUCAAAUUAGGAUUUCACCUCAAGAUUGAGUGGUUAGCCGGUUUAACCUCAUCCAAGUGUAAAUGUGUGUGUGACUUUGAGGACGCGGCUGUAAACACAGUUAAGCAGCGGAGACUUUUUUAGUUUCCUGAUGUGAAUAAUUUGCAGAGAUGUUCCUCUUCUGUUUGUUUUGCUUGAUAGAAACAGACGAAUAGACGGUGACUUUAUCUGUUUCCCUGGAGGAACAACAAAUGCCUAAAUGGAAACCAGCUGCACAGCAGGAACCAGCUGGGACCAACACACACACACCACACACACACACGCACACACAAACACAACCUCUGCUGAAUGACUCUGAAGACUGUGGACUUCCAGUUUUUUCCUUAUAAUUCUAACUUAGUUUAAUUUUAUUUGUCUUUAUCACUCUUGACAUAUCUACACUCCUCUGCUGUCAAAAUGUUCCGUGUUAAAAAUGCUGAAAGAGAAAGGUUAUCAUCAAUCAUGUGUUUUAUCAAAUUUUUUAAAGGUAAGUUCAACUCAUUAAUAAUGAAUUCAUCAGCCCAGGCUGAGCGGUGUCUCAGAUGGUAGAGGAAGAGGUUUCCCUUUCUCACCUUGAUGCUUUGUCCUCAUGCUGAAUGAUAAACAUAUUGUCUAAUAAGUGUUGAUGACUGAAUAGGAAACUCCACGUGCUCCUAACCAGCACCAUGUUUGAGAGGUGAGCCGGUGUCUCCGGUUCUUCAGCUGUUUCCUCUCUCUCUCCUUGUCUCUUGAUCGUUGGCCAGGAAACACGUCUAAUAAACAGGUUCUUCUUCAUCAUCUGCUCAUCCACACGACUUGGUCCUGACAGAUUCUGGUGCAGAUCUGGAUCAGGGGGUAGAUCCAGGUGGUUUUUGGUCAUACAUUUUCAUUGACCUCUUAAGAGAGGAAUUCAUAGAUCUAAUUGAAAGAUAUUAGUUUAGGGGACUAAUAUUUAUGGGUGUUAGCAAAUUGUUGUCAAUCAAGUGAAUAUUAGUUGAGCCUAGUUGGAGGUUUGCACUUUCUAAUGUUUUUUCAUAGCGUUGCCAAACCAAAUGCCAAACAUUUCACCAUAUUAGUGUCAUUGUUAUCUUAUCAAUCUGCCAAGAGCUGCUGUGGCUGAGGGGUAGAGUGGAUCGUCCACCAGCCGGCAGGACGGUGGUUUGAAUCCCAGCCCAUGUAGAUAUAUCCUAGGUCAAGAUGCUGAUCCCAAAUGGUCCCUCAUAGAUGUUGAAUGCACUACUUGGAAGUUGUUUUGGAUAAAGGCAUUAUCUAAAUGACGUGUUAGAAACAACUCCUCCGUGGACUCAGCGCCACACCAGCUCGUUUCAUGCAUGAGCCAACACUUUAACGACUAACAGCUGCUUGAGAGACAUUAAACAGACAAGUGUCCAAUUACAGCUCCACCUCUGGACUUUGGGUCACUUCAAGUUAAAAAGGUUCUUUCUGGAUUAUUGUAAAUCUACUUGAAUACAGAUCAGUUUACAGAUGAUGUUGAAGAUCAGAGUGGAAAGAACCAAAUAUCUGUAACUUUCCAA